CGCCCUGCGGCUCGUAAACACACGUCCAGGUGCUCCGGAAACAACGGGCAAGGUUUCCAAACUGGUUCAUUUUUGCUUGCCGAUUCAAGCCAGCAGCCAAAAAGAGGGCGGGCAAAGCCUUCUCCCCCGCCGAGGCAGGAGCCGCCUUCUUCCUGCAGGAGCUCUGCGGUCGAGAAAUCCAUCUCUCCCUCCGCCGCCGCCGCCGAAAUCGACGCCGUGAAAUCGAGGCAGGCGGGCGGUCCCGCUGGCGAUCCCGUCUCCGUUUCGUGAUUUGGUCUGCUUAGGCCACCAUAGCCUCCGCGGAAUCCGUCUGGCUGGCUUGGCUGGCUGGCGGGGACGGCGCUGUCAGAGCCCGGCGAGCUCCCCCAGGGGGAUACACGGGGGGCAGCGGGCGGCAGAGGGGUCGCCAGCUUGAGGCUUGCCCAGAAGAAACAGCUGAGCGAAGAGGCGGAGGAGGAGCCCAAGGAGAGGGACGACCCAGGGGCUGGAGCCCAGGCUCGGCAGGGAGGCGGGGAUCGGGCUGGCAGCCUUCCCGGCACGGGUGAUCCGGCGACUUGGCCAAGCCGUUGCUGUCAGCGGGCGUGAAGGAGCGAAGACUGACUGCAAGCGAGCAGCCUCGAAGCGGGAAGGCAGCCCUUUUCUCUCCCCCCUUCCUCUCCCUUAGCCUCGUUCACUUCCCCCGCGCCGGACCCGCCAGAGGAGCUUCCCCAGCUCCCCGGUGGCCCCCCGCUCGCGCGUGUUUGGGAAGCCCGCAAAGCCCUGCCGAGCCGGGGAGAGAAGAAAGGCGGCAGCGCCGGGAAGGCGAGGGUGCUUUUGAAUGCGACCCUGGCUCGUGAAAGGACGAAACCCGGCUGCAGGGACAAGAACUGGGGGGAAGAGGGCUUUUUUUUACGCUUCCGCUCCGGAGCGCCGCUGCCUCCUUUCCAAGGUAACAAAGGUUGGAGGGGCUUCUUUUAAAGCGAGAAGCUGCCUUUCGUGGUUUUAGGGCAAGAAAAUGGGUCUGACUGAAUUACUAGCGGAUUUCUCCAUCCUCGUCAUCCAAUUGUUGGCCUGAAAAAGCUGGAACGGCUUCUGCGUGACUAUAUUCGACCUGCCUUUGUGCAUUCCUCGCCUUCGCGGAUGGGAAAGAGGUUUUUACGCAAACUUCUGUUCGGAAAUCUCCGUCGAGUUCCUUAAUUGACUUCACAGUCAUUCAUGGUUUUGGGGGCUGAAGCUCUGAUAUUCUUGGAUGGUCGUGAUUCUCUUUUUGAUGCGUCUAUAUUGAUCUUGGUCUUUUGAACUAACCUAAGAAGAACUGUACAUAGCCAUAUUGCAGAGCUGAUGUGUCCUGGAGUGGAAGCCUUAUGAUGAAGUGAAAGAAGAAGGUCUGGAGUCUCCUGAAAGUGAUGUGAAAUCCAGCCCUCCUGAACUUCUUUGGGGAAGGCAUUUGAGAGGGGACUGUAUUAGUUCCCCACAAAGAUUAUGAUGUCGGUUGAAGGCUCCACAAUAACGAGCAGAAUUAAAAAUUUACUUCGGUCUCCUUCUAUCAAAUUGAGAAGAAGCAAACCAGGGACCAAGCGGGAAGAUAUCAGCACUAAGGUGACUUUAGAAAAAGUGCUGGGAAUCACUGUGUCUGGUGGCAGAGGAUUGGCCUGUGAUCCUAAGAAUGGUCUCAUUGCUUAUCCAGCUGGGUGUGUUGUUGUGCUGUUUAACCCCAGGAAAAACAAGCAGCAUCAUAUUCUAAACAGCUCCAGGAAGACUAUUACGGCCCUUGCUUUUUCUCCUGAUGGAAAAUACCUGGUUACUGGAGAGAGCGGGCAUAUGCCUGCAGUCCGUAUAUGGGAUGUUGCUGAGCGGACCCAGAUGGCUGAGCUUCAAGAGCAUAAGUAUGGAGUGGCAUGUGUGGCCUUCUCACCAAGCUCCAAGUACAUUGUCUCAGUGGGUUAUCAGCAUGACAUGAUAGUCAAUGUUUGGUCAUGGAAGAAAAACAUUGUUGUGGCAGCCAAUAAAGUCUCAAGCAAAGUGACAGCAGUUUCAUUCUCUGAGGAUUGCAGCUAUUUUGUUACAGCUGGAAACCGGCACAUCAGAUUUUGGUACCUGGCUGAUAGCAAAACCUCUAAGGUGAAUGCUACAGUCCCCUUGCUUGGGCGUUCUGGUUUGCUUGGAGAACUGAGGAACAAUUUUUUUACAGAUGUAGCAUGCGGCAGGGGUAAAAAAGCAGACAGCACGUUUUGUAUCACUUCCUCUGGUCUGCUGUGUGAAUUCAAUGAGAAGAGGCUAUUGGACAAGUGGGUAGAAUUGAGGAACACAGACAGCUUCACAACUACUGUGGCAAACUGCAUCUCCGUGAACCACGAUUACAUCUUUUGUGGCUGUGCCGAUGGUACUGUUCGAAUUUUUAAUCCUUCAAAUCUUCACUUUGUGACCACACUCCCUAAACCACACUUCCUAGGGACGGAUAUCACCAGCAUUACGGAAGCCAGUCGGCUUUUCUCUAAUGUGGCUGAUGCCAAGUAUCCAGACACCAUUGCCUUAACCUUUGAUCCGAAUAACCAGUGGCUGUCUUGUGUUUACAAUGAUCACAGCUUGUAUGUGUGGGAUAUCAAAGACCCCAAGAAAGUGGGCAAGGUUUAUUCCGCGUUAUACCACUCCUCCUGUGUCUGGAACAUUGAGGUGUACCCUGAUGUAAAAGAUAGCAAUCAGUCUUGCUUGCCCCCAAACACCUUCAUCACUUGCUCCUCGGAUAACACCAUCCGCCUGUGGAACACUGAGAGCUCAAACAUCCAUGGAGCCUCCUCGCAUCGGAACAUUCUGAGCAAUGAUUUGAUGAAAAUCAUCUAUGUAGAUGAAAACACUCAGCCCCUCUUGGACACAGAAUACAAUACAGCUGGAGGUGUAGAGAAGGCUGACACACAGGCCAUAGAUACAAAAGUGGGGAUUCGCACAGUGUGUGUGAGCCCUACUGGGGAACACCUGGCCUCAGGUGAUAGGAUAGGCACUCUCAGGAUCUAUGAAUUGAAGCCCCUGAGAGAGAUGCUGAAGGUAGAAGCCCAUGAUUCUGAAAUCCUCUGCCUUGAAUAUUCCAGACCAGAUACAGGACUGAAGCUUCUAGCAUCUGCAAGUCGGGAUAGAUUGAUUCAUGUCUUGGAUGCAGAGAAGGAUUAUAGCCUGCAACAAACCCUGGAUGAACAUUCAUCUUCCAUAACUGCAGUGAAAUUUGCAGCCAAUGAUGGAAAAGUGAGAAUGAUCAGCUGUGGUGCUGACAAAAGCAUCUAUUUCCGCACUGCACAGAAGACAAAUGAUGGGGUCCGGUUUACUCGUACACACCAUGUUGUUAGGAAGACUACUCUUUAUGAUAUGGAUGUGGACCCUAACUGGAAAUAUGCUGCUAUUGGAUGCCAAGACCGUAACAUCAGGAUUUUCAACAUCAGCAGUGGGAAGCAAAAGAAAUUAUACAAGGGAUCUCAAAGUGAAGAUGGCACUCUAAUUAAAGUACAAAUGGAUCCUUCUGGUCUGUACAUUGCAACUAGUUGUUCUGAUAAGAACCUUUCUAUCUUUGAUUUCUAUUCAGGCGAAUGUGUAGCCACGAUGUACGGGCACUCAGAGAUCGUAACUGGGAUGAUGUUCAGUAAUGACUGUAAGCACUUGAUUUCAGUCUCUGGUGACAGCUGUAUUUUCAUUUGGCGUCUGAGUUCUGAGAUGACCAUCAAUAUGCGUCAGCGGCUGGCUGAUAUGAAGCAAAGGGGAAAACAAGCAGAAAAAACUCAACCAGGCAAAACAGCUGGUCUUGCCAGGCAUGAAUCAGUCUCUGUCCUCUCAUCUGCACCAGUGCUUUCGUCAGACAGUGAUAAGGAUGGUGAAGACGAAGGAAAUGAUGAGGAUGAGUUACAUGGGCUACAGUCUUUCCAAAUGACAACCAAUGUCAAUCUUGAAAGUUGUUCAGAUCUUUCUCUUUCAAGGAGCUUAUCUCACUGGGAAAUGAGACGGGCAAAAGAAAUGGCGAUGAUCCAGGCUUCAGAAAACACCAUGAGCAAAAUGCCUCGGCAGCGGAGCCGUUGGAGUCAGCCCACCAGCAGCUUAGAGAUGACGGUUAAAUCUAUGCUUGAUCUACGUCAACUGGAGUCUUUCUCAGUCUCUCGUUCUGCUAGUCAGGAUUCUCUUUCCCAGGCCAGCAAUGGAGAGGACCACAAAGAGCCCCCCAAUAUUUCAACUUAUGCCAAGAAGGAGGGAGGCUCCACAGCUCAUAAAGAAAAUCAGCCUUGCCUUCGGCCUCAAGUGAUUAGACUUGUGUCCUGCGAAGGAGGGAUUUUCCCACAGGAAAUGGAACCUUCAGAGAGUGAAGAAUGUGUCAUCUACCCAGAACAAGAUGAUCUUCCUCCUGCUGAUAUCAGCAGUGAUUUCCAAGUAAAAGCACUUCCUCAUGGAAAACUGGGUAGAAGCUACAAUAGCAUUGAGGGCCCAGAUAAGCACAGCCCCGACAGUGCUUGUUCUGUGGAUUAUAAUAGCAGUCGUCUAUCAAGUCCAAAUGAAGAUUCGGAGAGUACCGAGCCUCUCAGUGUGGAUUGCACUUCAGACUUGGAUGAGCAAGUGGGUGAAGAAGAUGAAGAAGAUGUAAACACUGGACUAUUGAAUGGAGAUGUUCCCACGACUCCAGAUCAAGAGAAAUUCCUCAAGCAGCAUUUUGAGACUCUAGCCAGUAACAGUGAUAAGGAUGGAUCCUGUAGGACCCUGGAGAGAAUGGAAAACAGCAUUUCUUCUCGGUUUCUAUCUCGGUUUCCAGUACUCAGGGAACACUCAACUUCUACGUCAAAGCUGGUACUGGAUGAGAAAUCUACUGAAGGAUCAGCUUUGCCAAAACAAGUUACCAAUGAACUGCUGAAAAAUGGGCUGGACCACCAGCACAUUCCCAUGGAGAAUGGCUUCCUUCAAAAUGAUAUUAAUUCCAUUAGGUCACUUAAUAUGCAGAAAAAAAGAAAGUCUGCUGUAGAGAUCAACAGAGGACAUGGACGAUCUGUUGGCUCUUUCCCAGGGAGCGAUGGAGCAGCGGUAUUGUGGAAAUCCCAAUCAGUUCAUGAUCUUGUUCAUAAUGAUAAAAUUCCUGGCGUGAUACUGUCUGCCAGGCAGCGGUCUCAGGCACUAAUGGUAGGUGAGAAGGAGCCAAAAUCCAAUCAUUGUCAGACAUUUUCUGCAACACUGUUGAAGAUGGAAAAUUCCAGCUGUUUGCAAGCCAAAGACAUUAAAGCUACAAAAUCAAAGUCCUACAUGAGUCCUACCACUAGCUUCAUGGCCAAGAUGUCCCGUAGUGUGUCUAUGGGAGAGAAUCUGUGCUUUGGUGAUGGGUCAGAAAACCAGAAUGAAAUGAAAAUCAGCCCACAACUAUCAGAGAAAACAAGAUUAAAUCUGUUAGAGGACAUUGAGAAGAAUAAGCCAUUUGUGAAAGACAACAGCCCAGUGAAACCUUCUCUUCAGCAAACUACAAGCUCUUCAUCACCCAAGUCCUUUCAUAGCAAGUUGGCAUCUAGUCGGGCCCAUUUGACCCUUGACAUCCCCAAGCCUCUCCCCGAUAGACCGAUAUUAGCUUCUUUCUCACCAAAGACAAAGUCAAAAACUGUGCUGGGAUCAGAAUCUCCUCAGUCACCUGGUGCUGUUGGGAAAAAGAAACAGUCUUUUCCUGAAGGAUGGGUCUUGAAAUUGGAAAAUCAAGCAUCUGGACCUCUUGGCCUUGGUAAAAGUAGUCCUUUGAGUCCUUGUGCAGAUACUCUGAAAGAGAACCAAACACAAUUGAGGUCCAAAGCCCAACUUGAGCCAAGAGUAACUAAUUCCAAACUAAAAGAGCCUUCAGAUGAACUGCAUCCGAAUUCUCCAGAAAAACUGCCACUGGAAUGCAGAGAUAAACUUGCCACUACUAGUUAUGUGCCAGCAAAUGAUGAGCGUUGCUCUUAUGAACAAAGUGGGCCGUGGUCUCCUACAAAUGCAAAAGGCUUUGGAAAGGAUUCAGGUUCUUCAAUCAGUGUUGAGCAAUGCAAGCAUGUAGUAUCUGAGCUCCAGGACAGUAUGCGUAAGGCCAUCCAGAUAUAUCACAUGGUAUCUACUGACAUGGAAUCUUCACCUGACAAAGAUGAGAUUUCUGGUCUCUUCACUGAAACUUUCUCUGUAAUGAAAAGAGAUUUGGAUUCUCUGAAAGAUGGUAAAGGACUUCAAAGGAAGAAAAAUCAACUGAUGCAGCCACAAAAUAUAGUUGGGAUGCCAUUAGGGGAGAACAGUGGUGAAACUUUAUCUAGUCCUCGGCAUUUUGGAGAUGACCAAACUCUUGCCUUGUUGGAACAAUAUUCAGAGUUACUGCUACAAGCUGUUGAACGACGUAUGGAUAAAAAACUUUAAUUAGAGUUUUCAACGACACGUGUUUUUAAUGGAAUGCUGAGAACCAUACACAAAAACGGAUGGAACUUUAUCAUAUUGACAACUUGAAAUAAUACUUUGGGGUGUUUUUUUAAUCCAACGGGCAAAUUUCUUUUAACAGAAACAGUUCUGUCCACAUCUUUUUAAAAUGUGCUGGUCACAGUACUAAUCCCCUUGUGCCUAUCUCCUCCAUUAAGAGUGUUAUAAGAAAUAUUUGGCUUAAAAAAACCAUUCUCGCAAUUAAAGGGAAUCAGUCCAGGGGUGGCCCAGCCUGAAACUGCUGACUUAAUAGAAUGAGAUCAAGAUGAAAUAGGUUUGUCCCUUUGCAGUGUUAUCUCAAACUAGGCAUACACUAUUAAAACUUUUAUUUAUUAAUUUAUUUUUGCAAUUAUAACUCUGAAACUUUUUACCUGGGUUUUGUAGUUAUGGUUAUUUUGACAUGUUUUCCACAUUUAUUGUGAGAGAGAUUUGAUACAGUAAAUAUAUUGAUGGAACAGAUAGGUUAUAAAACUGCUUUCUGUUGUAGCCUGCAUUACUAAAUUUUGCUUCCUUAUUCCUUUUUAUUAUGCCAAUAUGUUUUAUUUUAAUUUUGUAUUUAGCAUUAUCAUUCUGCUUCCAUUUUCUAUUUAAAGAAAAUUAUGUGCUCUACUUUUCAUUGACAUUUGUUUCCACAAAACAUCUAUCUUUUGACUCAGCUUCUAGAGAUUUGUUACAAAGCUUGUUGGUUAAAAGAAAGGCUUUUUUUAACCUGAUUAGUUCUACUUUUCUCAGGUUUUAUGUAAAACUAGAUCUAUCAGAGUCAAAUUGAUGCAGUUGAAUAACUAUCCAAUUUUUAAAAUUCUUACUGCUCGGUUAUGUCAGUGGCAUUAGCUACUGGACUCAAGAUGUUAGCACUGUUCUGUUUUCGUGGAUAUAGAAAUGUAGAAAGAUUGAUAUGAUGGGGAAUGGAUAGUGAUAGAAAACAGUCACAGAACAGACUGAUGAAAGCUUCUAAUCAAUACAUCUUCUGCGAAAGCUUCAGAUAUUCCUGACUUCCCAAAAGAGAGAUCCCCUUUGUCUAUGGCUGAAAUUUGAAAACAAAGUCUGAGUGUUCAGGGAAUAUUGAUUGCUAUGACAUUAUUCUAUUUCCUUUUCUCCCUUACAUUGGAACAUAACUAAAGCUGCAUGAAAUAUUACUGUGUUCUACAUUAUGCUAGGCAUCUCCAAUUUCAUAUCAAUUAGCACAUUGCCCUUAUUCAAAUAAAGAAGAAAGUAAGUGCAGGUCUACAUCCUUUCAGCUAUGGAACUCUUUUUAUUGAAUUAUUAAUCCUAACAUGUCUGAAGUAUUCACUGAUAAAAAAGAAACCAUUUUAAAACAAUAAAGUUAUAAAACAUUAAUACUGUUCUUUCAGGUUAGACAAUAGCGGUGUUUCUUACUGCUGAUCUGAUCAUUUUAAUAAAUAGCUUCACUUUAUAGCCUAGCCUUCCUCUUCUGCCUCCUAGAUUUGUUGAGGUUAAAACAACUUUGGGGAGAAUUCCUAGCCAGCAUGGCCCAAAUUAAAAUUCUGAAGAUUUGUGCUCACAGUCAAAUCUAGAGGGCACCAUGGUGGAAUAGGCUGAGUGGCUUUUCAACUUGCAUUUUGUAAACUGUCAUGUGAACAUCUGUCUUCACUGGCCAUCUGUGGCAUAGCUUUUUGUCUGAAUCUUGUUGACUUUCAUUCAGCACCACUGCAGUGUUAAAGAGAUCUGCAGAGCUGUUCCCAUUUUGGCUGUCCACUGAACUCCAAGGCUGGGGACUUGGAGCAGUUAGUGCUGUUUAAUUAUGUCAUUUCUGGAUUUGUUUAGACAAUUCUCUGAAUAGAUUUGAAUGAUAGUUGAUGCGCUUCUUAAAACUGAGCUUUUUCUUUCCAGCUAUAGAUGUUUCAGUUCAGAGAUACAAAAGAACUCAGGAUAGACUGCUGGAAUAUACUCUUAAUUUAAGUGAAAACUAAGGUGGCUAUUUUCUACAUAUCCAUGUUGGGAAAUGUCUUAACAGCCAAAAUGUCUUCUUCCGUGUUCAUAUCUAGACUAUAAAAAGUGUUCAAUGCUCAGGAACCUUUCCUAUGCUGGGACACAUGCACUCAGGUAAAGAAGUCAUGCUUCCAGAUAUCCUGUGGCAUGAACAAUGAGGAAUUCAGAGUGUCUAUUCAAUCUUGACAGGGUCAAACAUUCAAAUGUCUUUGGAAAUAAAAUCAACUUGCUGAUAAUUUAUACCUCAAGCAUUAACGAGUAAUGAUUAAUCAGGGACUGCCUUGGAUAAGAGGCAACAUCUAAACCCCUGUUAAUUUCAAAGCAGUUUCCAGUGAAUAAGUUUCACUGUGUUAUUCUUAGAUCAGGAACUAUUUAUUUUCAUACACCCAGGUAGGAAAAUACUGUAACACAGAUGGGGACUUGGAUGUGAACUAGAACUGUAGUUUUGUGAGUCUUGAGUAAGUAGAUAUUUGAGGAGAAAUGGAUAGGCCUGUAAUUUCUAAUAUUUAAAGGCCUACUGAAGGAUUCUAGAAAAGUUAUAGGAUUGAGAAUCAGUUGAUUCAAGGAGCAAAAUAGAAAUGAAAAAGUUCUGGAGUGGAAAAGAGAUAUUGUAAGUAGAGUUAGCAGUUAAACAAUAAUGUAAAUGAGUUUGUAAUUAAGAAUUUGAGAUUUGUUUGUCUUUUCAAGUGCCCUUUAUUUUCCCACUAAUAUAUAUGAUUUGGGCAUUGGGAAUGAAUAUUCUCAGUCAAUAAAAUUUCUCAAAGCCAUUUGAGUUCCAUGAGAUUUUGACCUCCCUUAUUUUCUCUAUGCGGUCAAGAAGAACCAGGAGAAAAGCCUACAUGUUCUCCAUGGAAAAUACUUGAUGUAAAAUACACUUUUUAGUCAUUAGUGGCACCUUAUAGUAAUUCAGAUAUAAACUGUGGAGCAUUGCUUUUUAAAAAGUUGGAUUAUAAGGUUUUGUGACAGUAAAAUACCAGCUAGCAUACUUUUUUGUUCUUAAGUGCAUGCAGUUUUUCUGGUGUUAUUAUAGAUGUCCAUUAGCCCUUUAAAGAAACUUCAACAUGUUAUCUAAGGGGAGGAAAAAUAUAAAUGCAGUAUUUCAAUCUGUUCUAUUUCUACUGUUUUUAAUGUAUGCAUGCAACUUCUAUGUAUUAAAAAAAAUCAGAGAGAUUGUAAAAGAUCCAUUUCUGUCAUAUUUGCAUAUUGUCUCUGUGUUUUUUGAAAUGUUUCUUAAUGUGAUUUAAAGUUUCUUAUACUAUUUCUCUUUUCAAUGAUAGGCUUCAUUAAAAAAAUAUUGUGCAUGCAAAUGAGAUCUAUCCCUGUUUCUAUAGAAACACAGGAAAACUUUCAAAGGCAAGAAAUAUGUGCACACCAGUUAUAGAUAUAUGUAUCUGGUGUUUCUACAUACGAAUAUCCUGUUACAUACCUGUACUUACUUGUUUUCUUUUUUGUAUAAAUGUCUUUUUGAUAUUGGGGCUUAUUCACUUCUCCUUUUGAUUCAGACCUUAUUCAUCCCAAAGAAAGAACUAGCUAACACAGAGGGCAGUGUUUUAAAACAUAAAUAACAUUGCCAUGUAUGUGCACUCAGCUACUAGAUCUACAGAAUUCCAUAUUUAAAAUAUUACAGAUUCAGAAUGCAGAGCAGCUACUGUAAGGCCCUUCAGGUAUUGCUGAUUAAAUUGUUCUUUCUCUAAAUUAAAAAUAAAAAGAAUAUUCUGUAUUAUGUGUAAAUAAUAAGCUGAAGCUGGGCUGCUUAUAUAUUGGGCUAACCUGCUGUAAAUUAGGAAUACAGUAAGCCAUGUCUACACAACAUAUCUUUAAGCCUAGGGUACAGAUAGCUUUUAUCUGUGUUCUUUCAACACUCCCUUUUUAUUUUACACUUGUUUAAAAGGAGAAAACAUCCCUAGACCUUCUUAUUUAUAAAUGGUGUUUUGUAUCUUGACUUUAAGGGAAAAUGAACCUUUUAAUUAUUUUUAAUUAUUUGAAAAUUGUUUUAAUGGUUGUUGGGGAUUUGCAUUGUGAGCGAUUUUGGGGGGGGGGUGUUUUUAAUUCUGCAUUCAUUUGUAUUCAAUGUCUAAAUUUCAAUAAACAAAUUUAUUGUUACAAA